UGUAGUGUUAUUUUAAACUGUUUGCAUAUUGUAACACCAACACGUUGUAACAUGAACAUGUUGCUCUGCACGUAACGUAACAUUAUAACAAUUAGACUUACAAAUGCAUUUAACAGCAUUUCCAACACUGUGCGACUUCACGAUUGGCCAGCAAUUUGGGUCUCGUAGGGCUCUGAUGGAAACACACUGACAGUUUUCUUUUAAAAAUUCGAGACGUUAAUCUUCAUCGUCAAAGUGACGAAACCCCGCGAUUAGACUAUAAAUAUAAAACUCUUCGAUCUAAUAGGAAGAGUGUCGUUUGUCGCGAUUAAUGGUUUUGUGAGGAGUUUUUGUGCUGGUUGACGGCGUUGACCUGCUUUUGCUAAAGCAGACCGAAGAUGGAGAAUGAUGACUUUUUACUCGCGCUUCGUUUACAAGAGCAGUUUGAUCAAGAGACAGCGACUGCUGGAUGGACGGAUGAAGACUGCCCGUCCAGUAAAAAGCGGAGGAUCGACUCCUCGGAGUCUGGUCUCAUGGAUGUGAUUCCGUACUCCCAGCCCAGUCCAGAGAGACCGCUGUCCAUCGUAGAUGAGUCGUGGGAGACCCUGGACCCCAGUCCGGACGUGAGAGCCAUGUUCCUGCAGUUUAACGACAAGUUCUUCUGGGGGAAACUCAGCGGUGUGGAGGUCAAGUGGAGUCCACGGAUGACACUAUGUGCCGGUGUUUGCUCUUACGAAGGAAGAGGAGGCUUGUGCUCCAUUCGGCUCAGUGAACCACUCCUGAAGCUCAGACCCCGCAAAGAUCUUGUACAGACUCUUCUUCAUGAGAUGAUCCACGCUCUUCUCUUUGUGACUCAAAACAACAGAGAUCGAGAUGGCCAUGGUCCAGAGUUCUGCAAACACAUGAACAGAAUCAACCAAGCAAGUGGCACCAACAUCACUAUAUAUCACUCGUUUCACGAUGAGGUGGAUGUGUACAGGCAGCACUGGUGGCGCUGUAACGGACCCUGUCAGAAUCGCAGACCGUUCUUUGGAUACGUAAAGCGUGCGAUGAACAGACCUCCCUCGGCCAGAGACCCCUGGUGGGCUGAGCACCAGAGGACCUGCGGUGGAACAUACACCAAAAUCAAGGAGCCAGAGAAUUACGGGAAAACUGGCAAAAGUGAUCAAAAGAAAGACAAGAAUCCUUCCGAGGGGACCUCUAAGAAUUCAAAGCCUCCAUGCAGUACAACAGGUUCUGGCUCACAAGACAUCAGAAAUGUCAUUCCAUUCAGUGGGAGAGGUUUUGUUCUUGGAGGGAACACACAGAUAUCCACAAACAAGCAGAAUCAGAGUCCUCCUAAAGCUCAACCCGAACCUCUUGCCUCUCCACCUGACUCACCGCUCCUUCCAGGUCUGCGACUCAUCGAGGCGAACUUGCUCAAAAGAGUCAGCACAGGUGCAUCGAAUGUUCAGCGCAAAAAGUCUGUUGGUAACACCAAUGCCUUCGCCAACGUCAACGGUUCGCCUGUGAGAAUUUCCAAAGUCAAUGACUUUAAAGGCAAGCAGAGGUCAGUGCGAGAUCUCUUCCAGGCCAUAGUCCUUAAAUCUCCAGAGAGAGCGGUCAGUGCUGCUGGUUCCUCCAAACCUGCCGCAGACGCCUCCUCAACAAACCCUACUAAAGGCAAUGGACCAUCUUCAUCUAGUGCCUUAGACGGGCAAACUAGCCUGAUCAGUAACCAUCACUCAUUCGGUGCCACAAAGUCAGAGUCGCAUCUCUCCAAAUAUUUCGGCAACAGUGCUCAGACUUUGAAAUUCCAAGAUUCACAGUCGAAAACAUCAGGAAGCCCCCAAAAGUCUGCAACUGGAACACUGGGUUACUUUUCUAAGCUCUUUGGAAGCAACCAAAAACUAAGAUCAGAUGCUUCAAGCUCAGGAAACACUGGCGGUCCCCAAAAUUCACAUACUUUAGUUAAUUCAGGGUCCAGUUCCAAGCACUUUGGAGGCUCUAAAAAGCCUGAUUCCAACAUUCCGAGCCCUAGAAGCACCGGCAGCCCCCGGACAUCAGGGACGACGCCUUCGGGAGCCAAGAAGAGAUCAUGGGACGACCAUAAAUCUGAACAUAGCUUUGAUUACUUCCAGCAGACAAACGCCAAGUCCUCCACGUCCACAGCGCAGCAGAGAGAGGAGGUGAAAGACAUCGUCCUGCAAGCAAACGAUCCUCCUCCAGUCCUGAUCACCGUCCAUUGCCCAGUGUGCUGCAUCAAAGUCCCAGAGUCCACAAUUAAUGAGCAUCUGGAUUCCUGUCUCUCAUAAUUUCUGAGAGAAAGUACAGGCUGUAGGGCUUUAAUAAUGCUAGGAGAGGUGUUUACUGUGCUAUUCCAGUGCUCAGGUAUAUAAUAGAAUUCUAUUCAAAUAGAAAGAUUUUAUGAGAUAUUUUAAUUCCAACGCAAUAAGCGAGUUUUGGUAUUGAAAUCUGCAAAGCACGCCAUAUAUUCUUUUUGCGCUUAUUGACUUAUUCUACCUCGUUUGUGCGUCACGGGAAAAUCUUUUUCGUCAUUCACAGAUUAGUUGAAAACGAGUGAGUGGUUUGAAGAGGCGCCACUCGCUGUCCUUGUGCAAGUUGAUAUCCGCGGUUCGUGUCGAAUCAGCAGUACUGAAUUUCACUGUCCGCUGUGGGAUUUAGAUGCGCUUAGCUUUCUGCCGGAUCAGGCUUUGCAAGGUCUCUUUCGUUCGGUGUCAUCAAUAACAGCUCUGGCAGGUCGGCCCGUGAGUGAAGGGGCGGAGCUUGUGCCGCCUACUGCAUGAUCAUUUCACACCUACUUUCCGUCCUGGAGGAAUUAACCCCACCCAGAAAUGAAUAUUGGGUGCGCAGGUUAAAACUUUCUGGUGUAAUAAUAGUCAAGAUGUAUUGUUAAGUCACGAGUAUUGUUGUUUCAAAACCAGCGACCCACCUUUAAAGGUAAACAAUGGCUGAUGACGAGUUCACGCUGCUCGGGUUACACGUAGAUCACGCAGAUGUUACUUUAGUUCACUUAUACGUAACAUUGAUUUACGUAAAAAGAGAGGCAGGACGCAUUGAUAUGUUUAGCGUUUGACACGCUGCGGGCAUCGGUGAUGUCAUUUGUAAUGUAUGCAAGUGGUUUUAACAUGCACUACAGGUUCUCGAGGCAAACCGGGAGCGAAAACUUUGCACAAUUUAUUGUUGGCCUUUUUAGCGGCAGAUGUUUUGUUUUAGAAAUCGUUUUACAUUGAAACUCUUUUAACAUUAAAUUAAGACGUUUAUUAAGUGGUUAUAAAUGUUUGUUUGUACGGUUAUGUGGAAUUUAACGCGUUCGUAAAAUUCUAAAUUGUGCCUGAUUUUUGACUCAUGUUGCCUAUAAACUGUUGCGUUAACUUUAAAUAAAUAUUCAGUUAUGUA